UCUCUUUCUCUCUCUUACUUCUCUCUCUCUCUCUUCUUUCUCCUGGUUUAACGAAGACUGACUGGGCUCUCCGGCAUUGACUCGUUCUCCGGCACAUCACUCCGGCCAUAUGACAGAGCUAGAGAUCGGGUAGGUUCAGGCAAUGAGGUUAGGAGUGAAGAAGAAAUUUUCGGGUAAAUCGCAGAACCCGGCAAUUCGCAGCAAAAAAAUUCAGUUCUUGGAGUUUAAGAAAGAGGCUUGAAACACAAUAAAGUUUAAAUUAGAAAUCGCAAAGUGGAAGGAAGGAAUUUUUGCGAGUUGCAUGAAUUCUAGGAUGAACUUUGGGAGGGGGUUUUCAAUUCCACAAGAAGAUGGUACCCAGAGAAAGGAUUAUUGGAUCCCUGUUACACCCCAAAAGCCAAUUAUGCCGAUUUCUAAUCCAAUCCCAGUUGAAAUGCAAGGGAAUCAGCUGGGAAGAGCAAAUUGGCAGGAAUUGCUUGGAAUUUAUGGAGAACUUUUACAAGAGACGACGAAUUUAAGUAGUACAGUUUCUAGUUCCAAUCCAAUUGAGCUAAGUCAUCAAAAUGGAGGCCUUUGUAAUUGGGAUGCUCCAGCUGAGAAAAAUGUUGGCUUCAAUGUCAAUGUUGGUGGGCAAAACAUUGGUUGCGACCGCACUGAUGGUUCCCUAGUGCAAUAUUUUGGAAACGACAGAGGAGGUUGGAAUAGUGAUUAUUUCAAAGAAGUGUUGGGUACGAAAAAUGCAGCAUCUGUGGCCUCUUCAAAUGGAAUCCCACACAAAAUGAGCCACAAUGAAGUUAGAACUCCUUCAAGUCCAAUUCCAUAUUCUCAAGUUGACAGCCACUGGACAGAUUCCCACCAUGCUCAUUCCUCACUUGCAAUCCAAAAUCGCACUUUGGCUUCAAAUCGUAGGAUCAAUGGUUACAGCUUACCGCAGAUGCCAAACAAUGGAUUUCCUAUCCCUUCCCGGCCCGACUUCAACCUAAACUCACCACCAAGAUCAGAAGCAGAAGCAGUCUCGAGCUUAUCGACUUCCUUCCAAUAUGCACCGGUGACACCAGAACAAGGAAAGAAGUUGGAGAACUACCGGCUUGCCCACACACUGAAUUUCUCAGUGACUGAAAACCAUCGUGAUGAACUCUUACAGAACAUUGUGGACUCAUCUGCUGCUACCAUUUCUACACCGCUUGAAGAAAAUAAAACAAAUGGAGUUGAGCUGAACCAGACGCCACAGCAGAAACCGCCAAAAAGAAGAAAACAUAGGCCAAAAGUAGUUGUGGAAGGGAAACCAAAAAGGUCUCCAAAGCCUACACCUCCAAAUGAAAAUCCAUCAGGGAAAAGGAAGUAUGUGAGGAAGAAGGUUCUCAACGCCUCAGUAACUCAACAGGCAGAUGUUCUGAAUGAGGUUACAGUAAAUGCGAAUUCUUCAGGGAAAAGGAAGUAUGUAAGAAAGAAGGGUCUCAAGGCCUCAGGAGUUCCACAGACAGAUGUCAUGAAUGAGAUUACAGUUACUGAUGUUGAGUCUGCAGCGAAGUCAUGCCGGAGAGUGUUGAUUUUUGACUUGGAAAAUGAAACAAAAGUUCAAAGCCAUGACAAAACUAGCAGUCAUCAGAUGGAAAUGCAUCAAGACUGUAGAGGGGCUUAUAAUUUGGAUUCAAAUUCUCAAGCCGCAGAGGAGCUCACGAGAAUCAAUACUGCAUCCACAGCAUCAGCUGCACAGAUUGAGCAGCACAAUGGAUAUAUCACAGAGAACCAGCAAGCGAGAACUAAAUGUAACUUUACCCACUCCACCAAUCAAAUGCCCACUGAAUGCAUAUCAUUGUCAGAACAGCAAGCACCUAUGCGACCACCAUCUAUGAUGAAAGAACAUACUUUAAAUGUCAUUGGGAGGAUGAUGAACAUGAGAAAUGCCAAUCAAUGCCAAAGCAGUGUCAAGACUGGUUACAGUCAGGUGCAUCAACACAUCCCUGAAGGAGGAAAAAGCCAGAUUUCUUUUGAAGCAAAUACUUGCACAAAUUUUAACCAAACAAGAGCACAGAUAUUGCACAGUGCCACUCAACUCCUUGCGAAAAAUCCUUUCAAUUUGGAUGAACAAAGAGGAUCCAAGAGAGAGUAUUGUCAUACUACUGAGCAGACGCAUCCUCGUCUGAAUUUGACGAACCCUUCAUUGUUGUGCCAGGAAAUGUCCAAGACACAUGACUAUAACAGUCAAAGCAGCAAUCAUGACACAGGUGGUUCAGAAACUCACAAGAAAAAGAAGAUUGAGAGUAAAUUUCAUGCAAGCAAACCAAGUACAUCUUUUUGCAUUGAAGCUGUUAAAGAUUGCUCACAAGUUGAAAGAACAGGCACAAAUGGUGUUCAUUUAAACAGUUCUACAUUCCAAUUUGAUGGUGAAUCAUCAUUUUUUUACUCUGCAAAAGAGAACACCUCCCAGAAGAUAAACAGUUUGGACAACGAGCCUGCUGGCAACUGGUAUCUCCAUUCUAUGGCUGCAAAGCCUAAUAUCCAGAAGCAUUAUACGUCAUCUGAACUGCAUUUACGCUCACAGAUAGCAGAGAGAAUGUCCAGGCAAUCAACUCAAGCCGAUAAUCUCAAAUCUCUAGCCUCCAACUGGAACCUGCUGUCAUCAAGUCCACCUCAAAAAUGCCCUACAACUGAUCACAUGCGAGAAAUUGAAACUUGCCAUGCUAGUAUGUCAACAACAAAGCAGAUUGCAGAACCAACAUCCAAACAAGCGCCCAGCAAGGAUAAAAUACUUAUGCAGUCCUCCAUGAAAGCAAGAGGCUCACUGGAAAAAGAGAAUUUCCUGCUUUCAAUUGAUGACAUUACAUACCGAUUGAAAUGUCUAAGUAUACAUCUUGGGAGCAACGAGAUAGCUGGGAAAGAGCAAAAUGCAAUUGUUCUUUACAAAGGGGAUGGCACAAUUGUUCCAUAUCAGGACCUUGACCCUACCAAGAAACGCAAGCCACGGCCUAAAGUGGACCUAGACCCAGAGACAACUAGAAUUUGGAACAUCUUGAUGGGGAAGGAAGGAAGUGAAGACACAGAAGCAACAGACAAGGACAAGGAAAAAUGGUGGGAAGACGAAAGAAAAGUGUUCCGCGGACGUGUAGACUCAUUCAUUGCACGCAUGCAUCUUGUUCAAGGAGACAGAAGAUUCUCACAAUGGAAAGGAUCAGUUGUUGACUCAGUAAUAGGAGUGUUUCUCACGCAGAAUGUUUCAGACCAUCUUUCAAGCUCUGCCUUCAUGUCUCUUGCAGCCAAAUUCCCCCUUCAGUCAACAAGCAUCAGCCAUACAGGCUACCAAAAUGGGAUAACUAUAGUUGCUGAAGAACCAGAGGUUCAGAUACUAAGUCCAGUUGCUAGCUUUAACUAUCAAGAAAAAAUAAGAAGGCAGCCCAUAUACAACCAAAUCUCUGUGACAUCCUGUGAAACAUCGGAGCACAGAACAGAAAAUCUGGCCUCACAAACAGGAACUAGCUUAUUCAAUGAGCAUCACAGGAGAGCAGAUGAAGAUGUCAUUACAUCACAAAAUUCUUUUGACUCUUCUAUUUUUCAAGCCACUGAAGAAAUCAGAUCCAGUUCAGGGUCCAACUCAGAAGCUGAAGAUCCAACUGGAUGCCAGCCCAACAAAAAUUGCAGUCCUACUCUAAGUAGUGUUCUGCAGACAGAAGAAAAAGCUGUGUUCCAGGAAUUUUUCGGUCAUGCAUUUGGGAACUCAUUAUCACAUGAGAGGCACCUUCAUGGGCAUCAGCAAUUGGAAAUUCCAGAAUGUAACAUGCAAAAUUCAAGAAUGGACAGAGAAAAUAACCUGAAAGUCUCUUCUCCAUCUGCUUAUCCCAUCAAUUCUGAGAUUCUCCAUAUGCAAGAAUCUAUUGUUCCUUCCACUAAUUUUUGGUUGAGCAUGAUGCUAGAAUCAGGAGGACAGGAAGUAGAGCGCUUUGAAGAGUCAGAAGAAGACAGUAUAUUUUCUUUGCUUUCAGCUAAUUCUGGAAAUACAAUGCCAAAAAGUGAAUACCACAUGGGAAACAGGAUGGGACACAUGGAAGAAAGUACAAGUAGACAAAGCGCUCAACAGAAUAAAAUGCCAACGGUUCAAGCAUCAGCAGUGGUUUCAAGUGCAUCUCUGAACAUGCACCCCAUACACCAAGGUGAUUUACAAUCACGGCCUCAUACCAGAAAUAAUGAACAUUCCAUUAACAAUCAUCAAGAAGAGCGGUUCAAGAAUUUUUAUGUGGAAAGCACAUCCAUCACAGAACCCACAAGGCCUACUGAAGAACUGGCUAAAAGGAAAACCAGUUCUGAGCAGCAACUUUCUGUCAAGCAGAGGAUUUCAGCAGAGUAUAAGCAAAAAUUCUGGGAGAAUAAAGCAGUUGCAACAAAUGCAAAAGGGAAAAAAUAUUCUCCAGGUGAUCCAAUCAACGGGGAAGGCACCAAUAUCGCAAAUGCAAGAAAGAGAAACACUGAGGGCGAACAGAGAAAAGCAUUUGACUGGGAUACCUUAAGAAAGCAGGUGCAGUCCAGCAGUAGAAGAAGAGAAAGAAGUAAGGACGCAAUGGACUCGCUGGACUAUGAGGCAAUAAGACGUGCUGAUGUUAAUGAAAUCUCUGAUGCUAUUAAGGAACGUGGAAUGAACAACAUGCUAGCAGACCGCAUUAAGGAUUUUCUUGAUCGAUUGGUCAAAGACCAUGGAAGCAUUGACCUAGAAUGGCUGAGAGAUGUUCCCCCAGAUAAAGCAAAGGAUUAUCUGUUAAGCAUACGGGGAUUAGGGCUGAAAAGUGUGGAAUGUGUGCGGCUCUUAACACUUCAUAAUCUCGCUUUCCCGGUUGAUACAAAUGUUGGGCGGAUAGCUGUGAGACUAGGAUGGGUCCCUCUCCGACCCCUCCCUGAAUCACUCCAAUUGCAUCUCCUGGAGCUGUACCCAGUGCUUGAGUCAAUUCAGAAAUAUCUUUGGCCCAGACUAUGCAAACUGGAUCAGCGAACAUUGUAUGAGCUACACUACCAGAUGAUUACAUUCGGAAAGGUUUUUUGUACCAAGAGUAAACCAAAUUGCAAUGCAUGUCCAAUGAGGGGAGAGUGCCGACACUUCGCAAGCGCUUUUGCAAGUGCAAGGCUUGCCCUCCCAGGGCCAGAAGAGAGAAGUAUAGUGAGUUCAACUGCUCCCCUAGCAUCGGAUAAAUACCCUGUAGUGCUCAACCCCAUGGCACUUCCUCCAGCAGAAACCAACUUGAUUAGAGAGGCAGAGUUCGUGAAUGGCAAGUGUGAACCUAUUGUUGAGGAACCAAAAACACCAGAACAACCCAUAGAAAUAUCAGAAAGCGACAUUGAGGAUGCAUUCUAUGAGGAUCCUGACAAUAUCCCAACAAUCAAGCUCAACCUUGAAGAAUUCACCCUGAAUCUACAGAACUAUAUGCAGGAGAACAUGGAACUCCAAGAAGGCGAUAUGUCCAAAGCACUAGUUGCUUUGAAUCCAGAAGCAGCCUCUAUCCCUACACCCAAGCUAAAGAAUGUCAGUCGAUUGCGAACAGAGCACCAAGUGUAUGAGCUUCCAGAUUCACACCCUCUCCUAAAAGAGCUGGAUAGACGAGAGCCUGAUGAUCCAAGUCCAUACCUUCUUGCAAUAUGGACACCAGGUGAAACUGCAGAUUCAAUUCAACCUCCUGAAAAUAGGUGUGGGGCCCAAGGACUAGGAAAUCUGUGCAGUGAGACAACGUGCUUUUCAUGCAAUAGCAUAAGAGAAGCAAAUUCACAGUUUGUCAGAGGGACUGUUCUGAUACCAUGUAGAACCGCAAUGAGAGGGAGUUUUCCACUCAAUGGCACAUACUUCCAAGUUAAUGAGUUAUUUGCGGAUCAUGAAUCUAGCCUUAAUCCAAUCGACGUUCCAAGAGCUUGGAUAUGGAACUUGCCAAGAAGGACAGUGUACUUUGGAACCUCUGUAACGACAAUUUUCAAAGGUCUGUCAACAGAAGGAAUCCAAUACUGCUUCUGGAGAGGAUUUGUUUGUGUGAGGGGAUUUGACCGGAAAACAAGAGCACCACGACCUCUCAUGGCCAGAUUGCAUUUUCCCGCUAGUAAGUUGGCAAGGUUAAAAAAUGAAGAGAAAUAAAAGGUGGCCAAGAUGCAAAGAGGGUUACCAAUUUAAGGUACUAACCAAGAUUUGUCCCUUCAAAGAAGAGAGAAGACAGCUGAGUAGGAAAACAAGAUGGAUGACUAACAAAUUCUUGCACAUUCUAUUGCUCCUCCUCUAACAUGAGGUGCAUUUCAGAUGUAAUUCAGGCAGCAGAAAGAAAUUUUCAAGUUAAUUGGUGAUAUCCACCAAUGAGUGGGCAUUAGGCUGUAGAUGAUUAAAAUUAUAAUUUUUUUUUCCAAUUCAUGCUCAAGAAAUGAGCCAUUUUUCAGAUGUUAGCCAGUGUUAGAGAAACAGACAGAGGUCUCUUGAGAUAUAGUUAAUACACAAUCCCCCUACAUUUGUGGAGUAGUUGCAAAAAGGCAGAAAUUACAUGAGUUUCUUCAAAGCAAUGUUCCUCAACGUUUCUUCUGUUAUUAUUGACAGUGGAAAGCAUCUAUGUCCAC